GAGAGAUUUUGAUGGGUUUAACACCGAGACAGAGGGGAACAUAAACCCUCACCACUCUCUGAAUCCCUUUUCCCGUAGAGCCAUUUUCUCUCUGUAAUGCCUCCAUCAAUCUCUCUCCUCCUCAUCAAACGCCUCUCACUCCUCCACAUAAACCCUAAUAACCGCCGCCUUUUCCACCCAUUCCUCGUGAAACCACUCUCCACCUCCGCACAUAGCACAAACCCUAACUCCUCUCCCCACCCUGAACACAACCACAAACCUUCCUCCUCCCUCUCAUCUCGCCUCAGCUUCGUCUUCGAUCAGAUCGACGCGAUCGAGAAACGCCACUCCGAGCAAGACGAAACUCUCGAACGUAUCCGCUCUUGGCGCCAAUCCAAACAACCACAACCACAACCUCCUCCUCCUCCUCCUCCUCCUCCUGCUCAUCCGGAUCAUGGAGAAUCCGAAUCCGAAACGGCCGGGGAUUCGAAUGUGGCGGAGUUGAGUGAGAAGGGGAAGGAGAAGGGAGUGGUGGAGCUGGUGCAUCCGUGGCCUGAGUGGAUGGAGCUUAUGGAGGUGUUGGUGAAGCAGAAUUACUUUGAUCAUAGGAGGGGACGUGACGAUGGAGGAGAUGAAGAUGAGAUGAUGGUGCAGAGUUUGGGAAUCGAUUUGCCUUCGUCGUCGUCUUCAUCGUCAUCAAAUGAUGUUGGAGCUGCUUUGUUUCAGGAUUUUAGAGCUGUGCAAAACGCUUGUGUUAAUUUCGGAAAAGACCGUUUUGAUAUUCUUAGGUCAUUGUCUAGGAACGACAUUCAAAUACUUGUAGGGCAUGGGUGUCCAGCGACUGAUAGGAAAGUUGUUUUCUCAGGGAAGUUACUGAGGAAGCGUGUCCAUCUUGAUGAAGGAGAUGUCUGCAGUUCCUGCAGCUUGAGAAACUCGUGCGAGAAGGCGUUUCUGUUAACAAACAAAGAGGACGAGGCUCGAACCCUUGACCUCAUGAAGAUUUUGUUCACCUAUGGUUUUGACCCAUUGAGUGAUACAGUAGCCAACAAAAGCCUCCUGAAGAAAAAAUCUGUUAAGACUGUUGUGCGUAAGCUGCUGCAUGAGGUUGUCAAGUUAGGCAGGGUGCCAAUUGAUCCUAACCUUACUCCACCAGUUAUCAAGAAAGCUCCACUUAAAGUCAAGCAGCCACCUCCCCCUCCUAAGAGACGUGUUGGUCGUGAUGACGUUGAGAUGAAGAAAGGUGAUUGGCUCUGCCCAAAGUGUGAUUUCAUGAACUUCGCAAAGAACACCAUUUGCUUACAGUGUGAUGCAAAGAGGCCAAAGAGACAGCUCCUUCCAGGAGAAUGGGAAUGCCCUGAAUGCAACUUCUUAAACUAUAGGAGAAACAUGGCAUGUUUUCAUUGUGAUUGCAAGCGCCCACCAGAUGCUUUCUUAGAGAACAAACCACAAGAAACACAUCAUCGAUUCACUGAAGGACAAUCAGACAAGGUUGGGAAGCGGGAUGAUGUUUCCAAUGCCUGGAACUUUGAUUUUGAUGACGAUGAAUCAGACGGUGCGGAAGUUGCUGCUUUUGAAUAUGCGGAUUCUAGUAGAAAGAAUCAAAACCUUCCAAUAGAUGGUUUGAGAGAUCCUGAAGAAGAAUUUGGUAAUCUUCCUCCAGGAGCCCGAGAGAGUUCUGAGCCUGGAAGGAGCAGAAGACCUGGUGUUGGGUUUGAUGAUUUUGACGAUGAAGAUGACAUUGAUAGCUAUGAGAUAGACGAAACUGGUAACAGAGAGGUUCCAGUAGCAGGAGCUAGACCACCUUAUGCUUCUGAAGAGUUCUCAGAGGAUGAGCAGUUUCCAGAGUCAAAGGCCGGUUACAAUGCACAGAGAGGAGGAAGCUCACCGUUUCACAAUAGUAGAAACAGAAAUGGAAACAGUAGGGGAGGUUUCUCUAGGGAUAAUGAGCCAGGUUUCAGUUCAGAUGAUGAUGCUUCCGUCACUCCCAGGUGGAAAUCAAGCCACGUUGCUUCAACAAACAGAGGUCCAUCUUCGAGAAACUUGACUUUUGGGUCGGACGAUGAGUUUGGGCUCGACUCUGAUAUGGAGGACGAUGGUCCCAGGUCUGGUUUAAGGGGUGGUGGUGGCCAAAGAAGUAACGGUGCAAGAGGAGGUGGGUUUAAGGGAAAAAGAAGAUCCUAUUCAGCUUCAGAAUCUGAUGAUGACAUGGAUGAUAAUGAGUACAGAGGGUCUGGUAAUAGAUCAAGAGGAGGGAACAGAGGAAGAAUGAGAGGUGUACGUGGUGGCUUCAAUGAUUAUAAUACCUCUGAUUACAAGGGCUCAGGUGGCUUCUCGGAUAAUAGAUCAAGAGGGAGGGGAGGCAGAAGGGGUGGUGGUUUUGAUAGUGACGGCGAAGAUUUCAGAGGGUCAAGUAGAUCAAGAGGGAACAGAGAAGAUAGAGGCGGGUUUGGGGGAAGAAUGGGAAGCAGAAGUGGCGGUUUUGAAGAUGGGUUUGAUAGAAAGAGCAGUAGAGGAGGACGCGGUUCAGGAGGGAGUUUCAGGGGUUCUAACAGAGGAGGAAGAGGAGGAAACCGACAUGGGAAUAGUGAUGGUAAAGACACAGAUGUUACUGAUUUCAGAAACAGUCGAAGAGUUAUUGAAAGAUAAAAGAUAUGUAAUAAACUUAUUUCCGUUUGUUACAGAGUUCAAUUGGUUGUAGUGCACUUUAUAACAUUCAUAAAUUUUGAAACAUUGAAUAUUUGAAAGAUGAAUACAUAAAGAGAGACAAGAAUGAGAUGGG